UCACUGGAAAAAAUGUUUUAGUGCUCUUCAGUAAAGCAGUGCAGGAAUACGAAUAAUACACAUUCAUUGUCAGCCACAAAUUUGCACACCAUGAGGUUGAUCGUCGUGACCAUUUUCAUUCAAUUGCCCUUUCUGAUACGGAUGGACAAUCUUUUUCCAUACGUGGAUUAUUCAAAGAAUCCCUGUGAUGAUUUUUACACUUUUGCUUGUGGAAAUUUUCAAAAUGUACAUCCUGUCCCCAAGGGGUAUAGUAUUUGGGACGGGUUUAUCAGAUUGCAAAGAGAAGUCGAUGAACGAUUGAAAGAAUUAUUGGAGAACGAAAGAUCUGUGGGAGAUUCAAAGUCUUUUGUAAAAGCCCAGGACAUGUACGCAGCUUGUAUAGAUACAAAAACUCGUGACAGGAGAGGAAUUUCACCAAUGUUAAAAGUAUUGGAAGAAAUUUGGCCGAAAAAAAAUGAGGAGAGUACGAUGUCUAAAAUAACUUCGGCCGAUUGGCGAAGAAUGGCUAGAUUCGUUGCUAAUUAUGGCGUGCAAUUUUUUUUCAAACUAACAGUUCGAACUGAUAUAUGGAAUGCAACGAAAACUUCGAUAUAUAUCGAGCACGAUGAUUUGACAUUGCCUACUGCACUGCUGCGACAACCAGUACGGAUUUUGGACAAUGAUUUUUCCAGUAGAACCGACUCUACCUUUAUCGAAUAUUUGUCAAAAAUUAUGAUCAUAUUGCGGGAUUUUACUCAAAGUGACAUCAGCGAUUAUGAAAUCAGCGCGAAAGCGAGAAGUAUCAACGAAUUCAUGAACGUCUUGGCGGAUCCAAAGGAAUUAAAUUACGGCAGAGAUACCGCGAAGACUAAUAUUCCUAACGUAGGAAGUACGACAUUGGCAAAAUUACAAGCUUGGACAGACGAAGUACUGGAUCAAUUUACCGACACGAUUAAUUGGAGAACGUAUCUACAGAUCGCCUUCAAAAAGUCUAGGGUCAAAGUGAACAAUGACACGCAGAUUUUUAUCACGAAUCGAAGUCUGUUGCGUAACUUGUUAAUAUACGCGCACGAAACGGGAAAGGAGCUGUUGAAUGAUUUCGUCUAUAGUCGGAUGGUCACUUUUAUGGCACCUGAAUUGUCAUCAGAAAUAUACAAUAUUUCAAUGGAUUUCUACAUAAAUCGCGGAUACGUGCCUCCAGGAUAUCCAACAUGGAAGUAUUGUCUCCACAAGGUUUUAGAUUUUCCGAAAAUCGGACUGAGCUUCACCGUCGCACAAAAAUACCGAGAAAAAUAUGUUAGCGAAGAAAGAAUCAAAAGGGCGCAGGAAAUGAUGGAAAAUUUGAGAGACGCUUUGGAAGAAUUGAUAGAUGAGGCAGAAUGGAUGGACGACUUUACCAAAAAUUAUGCAAUCUACAAAUUGAAUAGCAUACUGAUACUAACUGGAAGCCCGGAUUAUUUAAAAACUGAAUCACAAGUGGAUCAGUAUUACAGAAAGCUAAAAAUUUACAGGUACGACCAUUUUGGAAAUAUGAAUAGACUUCGAAGUUUCAGUCAAUGGAAAAAUUUCGCGGAGUUACGAAUCUACCGAAAUAGAAAUUCAUGGACGCAAUCACCACUAAUCGUCAACGCUUAUUACAACGGAAUAAAUAAUAGAAUACUAUUUCCCAUCAGCACAAUGGCAGAGCCAUUCUUCUCUGGCAAUAGUGGAAGUUUUUUCGACUACGCUCGUAUCGGUUCAGUAAUGGCACACGAACUUACACACGCGUUCGACAGCCAAGGACGAUUAUUGGAUGCUGAAGGCUCAUUGAAAGGCUGGUGGUCCCAGUCAACUGAACAAGUAUACGCGACAAAAAUAAAAUGCUUCAUCGAACAAUAUAACCAGUACAUUUCGGGAGAUUCUGAAGCAACUAUAGACGGCAAAUACACGUUAUCCGAGAAUAUUGCCGACAAUGUUGGAUUGAGAGCGGCCUUUAGAGCAUUUACAAAAGAGAGAAACAAACUACUGGCUUUAUAUCAUUGGAGCAGAUUCAACAAUUUUAUGUCAGACAAAUAUUUCUACUUGGCAUUUGCUUCGAUUUGGUGCCACACAGGUGCAACAGAACAUAGCGACAAACACGCACCCCACAAAUAUCGCAUACUGGGACCGAUACAGAAUAUGGAAAAUUUUGCCAAAACUUGGCAAUGUUAUGAGAUGAUUAGCAGAAGUCGAACGAAUGCAAUGAACUCCUGGGAGCGAGGAGACAAAGACAUAUGCAUAUUGUGGUAAUACUGUUCACACCAGUGCAAUAUAUUACUAUCAAGUAAAUUAGUCAAAUAAAUAGUGAAAAAUGUAUGAAAUAAGUUGGAACCACUUGCCACCGCAAGCGUUUAAUAUUUCAACUGUCAACAUUUGAGCGGGAUAUUGGGAACUGAAGACAGACGAAUCGAUGGAAAAUUACCCGAUGUUCAAUAAAAAUGUGAUUUCAUUUUAAUAAAAUAUUCAACACUCUCACGUUA